AUGGCCCCAUCCGUAUCUGAAUUGCCUUCGGAGGCGUUGUCGACGACCAGGGAGGGUAUCAUCAACAGCAUUAAGAAGGAGGUCGACUUGAAGAACGGACCGUCAUACCCCUUCUACUAUCCUUACUUCGACACUGAGGAGAAAUUUGCGCCGCUCCAACUAUUCGACCACUCUGACCCUGGUCUCCGUGCUGACCCAGCCAAACCCAACCUGCUUGGCCCAAACACGGCCACCCGCGACAUAAGCCCCUACCUCGGCACUGAAAUCCGGGGCGUACAGAUCUCUCAACUCUCCAAGGAAGGACUAGAUGAGCUCGCGUUGUAUGCAGCAGAAAGAAAGGUCUUGGUUUUCCGAGACCAGGAUUUCAAGGACCUUGCGGCGGACAGGCAAAUUGAGAUUACCCAACACUAUGGUCCAAUCCACCGCCAUCCUACGUCGGGCAAUGUGAAAGGCUAUCCGGAAUUCCAUGUCGUGUAUCGCGACGAAGCGCAUGAUCGUUUUGAGGAGCGGCGGAACGAGCGAGCUAAUAGGACGGGCUGGCACUCUGAUGUCUCUUAUGAGAAACAGCCCCCGGGCACGACCUUCUUCUUCAUGUUGGAGCAGCCCUCGGGUGCUGCUGGCGCCACCCUCUUCAUCUCACAGGUCGAGGCAUACAAGCGACUUUCGCCAGAGUUUCAGAAGCGUCUUGAGGGUCUUCAAGCCAUCCAUUCGGCCGUCGAGCAGGCUGAUUUUUCUCGGAAGUACAACGGGCCUGUGCGGCGCGAACCUAUCCAAACUGCGCAUCCGCUCGUGCGUGUUCAUCCUGUUACAGGCGAGAAAGCGCUCUAUGUCAACCAACAAUUUACGCGCUACAUUGUUGGUUUCAAGCGCGAAGAGAGCGACUAUCUCCUCAACUUUCUCUAUGACCACAUUGCCAAGGGCGCAGACUUCCAUAUCCGUGCAAGCUACGAGCCGGGAACGGUGGUGGUCUGGGACAAUCGCUUGACGGUGCACUCUGCGACGGGAGACUUUGAUAGCUCGGAGAGGAGGCAUGCAGUCAGAUUGACGCCGCAAGCAGAGGUGCCAGUCGCUGGAUAA